AUGAAAAGUUGCUCCAGGAAUGGCUCUUUGGUCUUCAAGGCAGUUGGCACGGCAAGCGAGUCUGAAUGCCUCUUGGUAGGCCGACUCGUCGGUUUGACCAAGUCACUUGGUGAUUGCUUCUCCUGCCUGUUCGUCGGCUCUCUGAAUCAACCGGUGGGUUCUAUAUUUGCUACAUCUCUCUCACGCAACUACACCUCAUAUGACCAAGUUAUCUAUUCACACAAUUCUCUGCUCUCAUUUCCUCCAAUUUCGCCUGAGAGUGUGCCUCUACAAGUGGGCUUAGGGAAACGUAAUUAUCUCCACCACCGGUACCAGAUGCCGUUUGCAGGCCUCCUGACCUACAUUCUGCCCCCCUUUUUUUUCCUACUUGUAUGUGAUUUGGCCGCUCUAAAUAACAAAAUGUACCACGUCCCCGGUCCCACUCUGGAAACGAUGAUGCAUACAACGGGCUCCGGACUAGGUGCGUUUCUUUAA